AUAGUUUCAUCUAUAAAAUCUAGCAUUGACCAUGGAAGCCUUAUCAACACACCUCACUAAGUUUGGCAUCAAUGGCUAUCAUUGAGACACUCUUACUACUGCUGCUACUAUGCUUCAUAGUUCUUUGCCACUGGAGAUGGAGUCAGCAGAGAAGCUCGCCGCUGACGAAUUGGUGGGUCAUCGGGAUGCUGCCAGGGCUGCUUCGAAAUGCUAGCCGCCUCCAUGAUUUCGCAACAGAGAUCCUAAACCAAAGUGGGGGCACAUUUACGUUUAAAGGCCCUUGGUUUGGUAACAUGGACAUGUUGGUCACUGCUGAUCCCGCCAACAUUCACUACAUCUUGAGCAAGAACUUCUCAAACUACCCAAAGGGUCCUGAAUUCAGGAAGAUUUUCGAUGUUCUAGGAGAUGGGAUUUUCAAUGCUGAUUCUCAGUUGUGGGAAAAUCAUAGAAAAACCACCAUGUCAUUGAUCAAGCACGCCAAGUUCCAAGACCUCUUAGAGAGAAUUACUUGGCAGAAGGUGGAAAAAGGGCUAAUCUCAGUUCUUGAUCAUAUCUCAGAACUAGGGACAGAAGUGGACUUGCAAGAGUUGUUUCAAAGGUUCACUUUUGAUGGUAUCUGCAUAUUACUUUUAGGCUACGACCCUGGUAGUCUCUCCAUUGCCUUGCCUUACAUUCCAUGUGAAAAGGCAUUUGGUGACAUGGAGGAGGCCAUAUUAUACAGGCAUGUAUUUCCAGAAAGCUGUUGGAAGCUGCAAAAAUGGCUUCAAAUUGGCAAAGAGAAGCAGCUGAGUAUGGCUUGGGCGAAUUUCGACCAAUUUUUGUCCCAAUAUAUUUCAUUAAAGCGUGAAGAAUUUAGUAAAAUCAGAGGCGAAAUGGUGGAGCACCAAGAAGAGGGCUUCGAUUUUUUAGCAGCUUACAUGGAAGCAUACAAAGUACAGAGUGGUGGUUCUAUUGAUUCGGAGAAGUUUCUGAGAGACACCUUACUGAGUUUGAUGGUAGCAGGGAGAGGCACCUUAAGUGCAGCACUCACUUGGCUUUUCUGGCUCCUCUCAUUACACCCUCUAGCAGAAGUCAAAAUCCGAGAAGAGAUCAUGUCGAAGUUGCACCUCAAAGAAGAUGAGAAAUUGAGGCUUUUCAGCACAGAAGAGUCGCGUAAACUGGUGUACCUCCACGGAGCUCUGUGUGAAGCUCUACGGCUGUUCCCACCUGUAUCUUUGGAGCACAAAGCUCCACUUGUACCGGACAUCCUCCCAACCGGGCAUCACAUUGAUCAAAACACAAAGAUAAUACUGUCUUUCUACUCAAUGGGGAGGAUGGAGACGAUAUGGGGCAAAGAUUGCUUAGAUUUCAAGCCGGAGAGGUGGAUUUCAGAGCAAGGAGUGAAGCACGAACCAUCUUACAAGUUCCCGGCAUUCAAUGCAGGACCAAGAAGUUGUGUAGGUAAGGAUAUGUCUUUCAUUCAAAUGAAGAUGAUUUCAGCCACCAUUAUAUACAAUUAUGACAUUAAAGUGGCAGAGGGUCAUCCUAUUUCCCCAAAUGAAUCAAUCCUACUUCAUAUGAAGCGUGGUUUGAAAGUCAGGAUUGCCAAAAGAAGUGUUUGAUGAACCAAGAAGUUCACUUGUGGAGGUGAUGGUCUUUGGCGACACUUUGUCUUUGUGGUUUUAGUUGUAAGAUUGUACUAUUAUUUAUCUUGUAGUUACUGCUUACUAGUUAGUUGUUUAUAUAAAUGGUAAAAAAAAUUGUAUGUGACUGUUAGUUGCAUAAAAGCAGAUGCAUGUGUAAUAUGGAUAGCAUUGCUGAAAUAAAGAAAUAUAUAUAUAUAUAUAUAUAUAUAUAUAUAUAUUUUGUAAUAUUGCUGAAAUAAAGAAUUGUCCUCACAAUUUUCUUUCUUA